AUGGGUACAUUAAAGCAAUCUGAAUCUCAUCUCAUCGAAGUUGGCCGGCGUGUAUGGCCUAUGCAAGUUCAAUCGCUUAUGUUAACACAACAAAAAGCAGCAAUAACUACGGCUUGUGAUAGUAUUACUAGUAGUAAACCUCCAGAAAUCAUUACAGAAGAUCAACAGGCCGACUGUGAAAACCAUUUAUAUCAACGUUUAUUAGAAAUGAAUGAAAAAAUUCAGUAUCAUCAAAUCAAUUUAACGGAAAGAAAAACUAUUGAACCGGCUUUACAUCGAAUAUCGAACAAACUAUUCAAAGUUUUGCUCAAAAGCAUGCUGUGA